UGUUUUCAAACAGCGGCAGCCGAGCGGUUCGUCAAACUAGUCCAAAGUUGUCGAGACACGGGAGAAGGAUGAGCUCAGAGCCGGAGACUCGGCCGCGGUGUGAAGUCUGUUCGCCCUGUGAACCCAGUUUAACAAAAUGAUGAGCGGACGGAGUGUUUUUAGCGGCUAACGGGCGGCAGCGGGGCUGAACACAGGACGGCUAACGGCUGCUAGCCUGGGAGCUAGCAGACAGCGGGCUGUUUCUGUCCGUUUAGUUAGCAUCCAGAGUCUCAGACCGAAACCAGCUAACGACAAGUUUAACCACACAAACAACCGAAGAGACUCCGAGUGUCCAGAGGAGGACAACAUGGAGAACAAGGACAAAGUUCAGAUGAGGAAUCACCCUCGCAGACAGUUGAAGAAGCUGAGUGAGGACAGCCUCACCAAGCAGCCAGAGGAAGUGUUCGACGUCCUGGAGAAGCUCGGAGAGGGGUCGUACGGCUGUGUGUUUAAAGCUCAUUAUAAAGAGACGGGGGAGAUUGUAGCCAUCAAACAGGUUCCUGUGGAGUCUGACCUUCAGGAGAUCAUCAAGGAAAUCUCCAUCAUGCAGCAGUGUAACAGUCCUCAUGUGGUGCGGUACUACGGCAGCUACUUUAAGAACAGUGACCUAUGGAUCGUUAUGGAAUACUGCGGAGCCGGAUCAGUUUCUGAUAUCAUCCGACUACGCAACAAGACGUUAACAGAAGAGGAAAUCGCCACCAUCCUGCACUCCACUCUGAAGGGUCUGGAGUAUCUUCACUUCAUGAGAAAAAUCCACAGAGACAUUAAAGCUGGAAACAUCCUGCUGAACACGGAGGGCCAGGCCAAACUGGCCGACUUCGGAGUUGCUGGACAACUCACAGACACCAUGGCGAAGAGAAACACGGUCAUCGGCACGCCGUUCUGGAUGGCUCCGGAGGUCAUCCAGGAGAUCGGCUACAACUGUGUGGCUGACAUCUGGUCUCUGGGCAUCACGGCCAUAGAGAUGGCCGAGGGGAAGCCGCCCUACGCCGACAUCCAUCCCAUGAGGGCCAUCUUCAUGAUCCCCACCAACCCUCCGCCAACGUUCAGGAACCCAGAUCUGUGGUCUCCGGAUUUUAAGAAGUUCGUCAGCCAGUGUUUGGUGAAAAACCCAGAAACCAGGGCGACUGCCACACAGUUGUUACAGCAUCCGUUCAUCAAGUCGGCCAAGCCCAGCCCCAUCCUCAGAGCUCUGAUCACAGACGCCAUGGAGAUCAAACUGAAGAGACAGGAGGAGGCCGAGCAGAGAGAGCAGGACGCCGAGGACGACGACAACUCGGAUGAGGACGAGGUGGACCAGGGGACGAUGGUGCGGGCGGGGACGGGCGACUCCGGGACCAUCCGGGCCGCGGGCUCGUUAACGGGCUCCCUCGGCGGUACGGCGCGGACGAUGAUCUCGCAUGAGGACACGGGAACCAUGCAGUCCGGGCUGGGCACCAUGGUCAUCAACUCAGACGACGAGGACGAGGAAGAAGCCGGGACCAUGAAAAGGAGAGACGAGACCAUGCAGCCGGCCAAGCCGUCCUUCCUCGAGUACUUUGAGCAGAAAGAGAAGGAGGCCAACAGCCACAACGACGCAGGAGGGAAAGAAAACAACGCAGACAACCGCAGACUGCCCGCUGAAGGAGACCUGGAGGUGGUGAGCUCGUGGACGGUGGAGGAGCUGCGGCUGCGUCUCGCCUCCCUCGACCCUCAGAUGGAGCAGGAGAUCGAGGAGAUCCGGCAGCGCUACCAGACCAAGAGGCAGCCCAUCCUGGACGCCAUCGAGGCCAAGAAACGCCGGCAGCAGAACUUCUGAGCAGGAAACAGCCGGAUGUUUUUAACUCUUUGUUCUCUGCAGCAGCAGGUAGAAACUGUCAGAGACUUCUGACCAUCAGACUGCUGAAGAAGAGCUUCCAAAGAGCUGAGUCACAGAUUAUUAUUGACAUCUUUUUGAUUUGAGAUCCGUCUUCUCUUCAACACCUUUUUUGUGUUUCUAGUUUUAACGGUUUGAUUUCGACGCCAUCAGCAGCCGAUCCGGACUCUGAGUUUCUGAUGUUUCAGGAUUGUUACAGUUUACAACACGGUGAUGAUUUAGUUUAGUUUUCUACUCUGAUCUUGUGGUACAACUUUCUUCUCAACUGCUCGACUGAGGUACUCGUCUGAAACUCCUCAGCUGUUCUCUGUCCUCGUUGCUGCUGGAUAUUUCAGGGUUUGAUUUCCUCGUCUUGAAAAAGUUUGUAAAACACACAAAAAGUUGAAAAACGCAGAAUGCUGUUUAUUAGUUUGUUCCGGGAAAAAUCAAAGGUGUGAGAAACUUUUUGAAAAACGACAAAAAACCUCAGAAAAUCUUCCUCGUUUGUCCUGAGAGGUUAAAGCUUCAUCACUCUAAAGUUAAAAUGUUUCUCUGUAACACUUGAUUAAGAAAACUAUAUUUAUUUAACUCGGUACAAGUUGCUUUUAGUUUAAUAUUGAGGCCUUUAAUUCAACAAAUUUGUCCUAGAAAAGUUAUUAGACCAAUUUUUGUCUUCUUUUGCCAUAAAAGAACAUAUGGAAGCCCGUUUCUGACCAUUAAAGAAGAAAACAAGAUAAUAAAAAAAUGAUCAUGUUAGUGAUUCUAAUGAGAAGUGUUUAGAGUUUGGGAAACGCUUCAGUUUAACAGUUUUGUUUUCCAGGUUGGUAAUAUGCUCAAAUUGAAAACAGAUCCUAAAAGUUUUAUGAAUGAGAAACUUUCUCUGAAUAGUGACUUAUUAUCUAAUAAUAAUGAUAAAUAAAGUUAUGGCACUUUUUUUUAACAAUCUUAAAAAAUGUUUCACUAAUUAAAACAGAUAAAAUCAGAUUAAGUUUAAGAUUAAAAAAAAAAGCAAUAAAAAAAAUAUUAUAAACAUGUUUUAAGGUUUUCUCAAAGACGAGAGUUGAGUUUCCAAGAUAAAUAAAAAAACAAAAACACAUUUCUGAACCUUAAUGAGAAACCACCUCAAUAUUAUAAUGCAGAAAGUCAUUAUUUUAAGUUGCAUUUCAGCAAAAUUUCUCAUUCUAAUAAUUCACAGGAUUUAUUGUUUAGGUUUUUUUAUCACAUUGGCAGAAAUGGGCUUCCAUAUUUAUCAGCAGUGUAUUAACGUUCAAAUGGUUUAUAAAACACUUUGUCGUUGCAAACAUUCUUUUUUAUUUCUAAACAAUUAUAACGUCUCUCAUGAAGACAUUUAUUAUUAAUAUCAGUUAUGUGUUCAUGCAGCAGCAUCCACUAACACAUUAUUGUGUUUUAUAAACCAUUUAUUAAAUGUUAAAGCAGUUUUACCUUUUAAUUCUUCAGAUGUUUUACUGCAUCCUUUAACCUCUUCAGGUCCACAAAUAAUCUUUUUUUAAUUUAAAUUGUUUCAUUUAAAGGAUGUAAACAGGAACAGUUUGGGGACGACUGGAUUGUAAAGUGUUCAUCUUUGUUUUUCUUCUGGAUGAAACUUUUUAAUUUUAUUUAAUGAGAUGGAAAGUCGACUUUGUUUAACCUCAAACUUGCUUCUUAACGUUUUAAUUCUGUACCCGUCAUCAUUUUUUUUUCCUCCGUAAGCUGAAAACAAAGACCGGGUCGACGGAUUUAUGGAGUCGAGUCAACAAAGCUUUUAUUUCCUGGAUUUAUUAGUUUUAUUAUUUGGCAGCGAGUCUGCAGCUGGCUGGCUCUGAUUCACCUUCACUUCCAACAUUCCUCCAUUUUCUACAUCAGCACAGAAACUUUUCUAUUUUUCUACGUAGGUUCAGAGGUCACAGAGAGGUCACAGAAAGGUCACGGUGGUUCUCAGGUCGUCGAACUCCUCAGGGGUGUAAAAAUAAUCAGAUAGUUUAGAGACGGUAGAUGUAAAUAUAUUCACUCUGAGCUGUUUCUGUAUUCUAAACGGUUCAAAAAUGGACUUUUCAUUAAGUUAAAUAUUAUCAGCACAAGUUUCUGAUGUUUCUGAGCUCAAAGUCCAGACAUGAAAACAAAACGAUGUCCGGACGUUAUUCUGAGUGAGAUAACGACUUCAGCUUCAUUUUCUGUCUUACAAACAAAACUAAAGGGAUUUUUUCUUUCUGCCUUAUUCUGGAUGUUAUUGUCAUGAUGUUUCUGAAUGCUUGUUGUGUCGGGGUGGUCUGUGGCCGAGAGGUCAGAGAAUCAGGCUUGUAACUGAAGGGUCGCCGGUUUGGAUUCCACGACUGACAGGUCACGGACUGAAGUGCCCCUGAGCAAGGCACUGAACUAGUGGUCGACCGAUACAGGUUUUUUAAGGCCGAUGCCGAUACCGAUUAUUUUGACAUCAGUCUUAACCGAUCCCCGAUAUGUGCUGCCAAUUUUUUUGGGCCGAUUCUUGAAGCCGAUAUUGCCUUUUCUCCCUCCAUUUACAUGAUAAAAAUGACACAAUGAUAACAAAUGUUACACACGUCUCAAUUUAAAGUUGGAUAGCAACAAUGUGAAUGUUGUUCUAGGCCUGGAGGUGGUGGCGCCUCAGAUGAUCCACAUAUUUGAUGUGUUUUUCUUUUUUCUGGUAUCAGCAGCAGCUCACCAGAGAAUGGCAGAUGUUGCACUGAGCCUUGCCUGCUGUUGGCUCAGUGAAAUGUGAUAAUUGAUCGGACUCAAAAAUCGGCCCGAUAUAAAGGCCGGCUGAUAUAUCAGUCGACCUCUACACUGAACCUCCCACUGCUCCUCAGCACACUGUGUUCACUGAGGUUCAAUUCUCCCUCUGUUGGACUAAUAAGGGAAUCUUUAUCUUAAUAUAUAAUGUUUAAAAGCUUAUUUCUGCCAGUUAAAGUAAAAAAAACUUUGCCUUGUUAUUAAAAAAAGGUCAGUCAUUAUAAUAGGAAAGUUUCUCUAAAUAAUAUUUUAGUAUCUCAAAAAUGAAUGAGAAACUUUCUCAAAAUAAUGACUUAAACCUCAAAAUCUCGACUCAGUAUCUCAAAAUAAUAGUAAAUGUUCUUAAAACUGUGACUUUUAUAAUAAGUCAAAAUAAUGAUUUAAUAUCUUUAAUGAAUUAUUUUUUAAUACUGAGAAACUUUCUUAAAGAUAUUAGCUCAUUAAUUUGAGAAAAAGUUUGACAUUAUUUUAGAGAUUCAAGCACAGGACGCGUUUUUAUUUUUUUCAUUAUAUUGGCAGAAAUAUGCUUGAUAAUUUGUUUGGAGAGAAAAAAAGGGAAAAUAUUAAAAAUAAUGCAGCCUUAUUGUUAUUAAAUAUGAUGCAUGAGCUGUUUGUUGCAGUGACGUGCAGAAAUAAAGUCGUGACCACUGGAUAUUUAACAAAUUAAACUGUUCUGAUGUUUUUGCAAUAAUUUGUUUUCUGUUGAAACUUCUUUUAUAUAAAACAAACUGCAGGUGAAGGUCGCUGUGACACGUUUCACAGUUUCCCAUUAACAAAAUAUGAAUUUAAUUGAUUUGAUUUUUAAAAGUGAGACUUUUUACACAAAUUCCCAUUCGUAAAUUGUUUUAAAGUUUCAAUUAUUAUUUAAAUAAUGCAGCAAAAUUGGAAUUGGGUCAACAACAAAAACAGCUUUUAUUGAUUUUCAGGUCAUUGAAACUGACACUAAUAAUAAUAAUAAUGUAAUAAUAAUUACUGGUUACUGUGGAACUGAAACUGCAGAUAUUUGCUGGUUUGUUUUGUACGAAGGGAAGGUUUCUGACACCGAUUAUUAAUGUUUGGUGCUAAAAAAUAUAGAUAAAUAGAUGAAUAAAAAGUGUGCACAAUGAAAAUAUAAAACAUAUCGAGCAGCUGAUGUUUCAGAAGCACAAGAGGCUGAAAUCAUCAGUUAAAAUGUCUAAAUCCUGCUGAAACACAAAGUGUUUUUAAUAAUCUUUUCUCAAGUGUUUAAUUUAUUUUAUUAUUUAGUUUGAAUGCAUCUUCAGUCCUCUCAGAUGUUUUAUGUUUCGUCUGAUAAGUCAGAGUUCAAGUCAAAAAACGUCCUCAGUAUAAAACUGUGACGCCUUGAAAAGUGAACAAAUGAAUGAAUAAUUUUGAGAUUUACAAUAAACGGUAAAGUUUCAGCUUUA